CCUUGGGGGGAGACAAAGACAGCGGGUCCACUGGAUCACCAAGAUGACCUGUCGCCGCAGGAAUAUGUUGAAGAUUGUGGUCACCACCCUUUUUGCAGCAGUGGUUAUCUUCACCAUCCUGCUAGCUUAUAUCACAGGCUACCAGUUCAUUCAAACUGAGCAGCACCACCUGUCCUUUGGCCUCUAUGGUGCGUUCCUCUCCCUCCACCUUCUCCUUCAGAGCCUUUUUGCCUUUCUUGAGCAUCGUCAGAUGAAAAUCCCCACCCGCCCUCAACAUCUUCGCCGCUCUGUGGCUCUCUGCAUCGCUGCUUACCAGGAGGACCCAGACUACCUAAGGAAGUGUCUGCGCAGUAUCAGACGGAUUUCUUUCCCAGGACUGAAAGUAGUGCUUGUGGUGGAUGGGAACAGACCAGAAGACCGCUACAUGAUGGACAUUUUCCAGGAGGUGAUGGGUGGUGCUGAACAAGCGGGCAGCAUGGUGUGGAAGGGAAACUACCAUAGUGAUGGGAGCAGUGGAGGGGGUGGAAGGAGCACGGUCCACAUGGAAGAGGCGAUACGAGUGACGCGCCUGGUCAGAGGUUGCCGCUUUACCUGUAUCAUGCAGGAGUGGGGAGGGAAGAGGGAGGUGAUGUACACGGCCUUUAAAGCACUUGGGGACACUGUGGAUUACGUGCAGGUGUGCGACUCAGACACAGUUCUAGAUCCAGCAUGUACCAUCGAGAUGCUGAAGAUCUUUGAGGAUGAUGCAGCAGUGGGAGGGGUUGGAGGAGAUGUACAGAUCCUUAACAAGUAUGACUCAUGGAUCUCCUUCCUCAGUAGUGUGCGCUACUGGAUGGCCUUUAACAUUGAGCGUGCCUGCCAGUCCUACUUUGGAUGUGUCCAGUGUAUCAGUGGCCCACUGGGGAUGUACAGGAACUCCCUUCUUCAGCGGUUCCUCGAGGCCUGGUACCAUCAAACCUUCCUAGGUUCCAAGUGCAGCUUCGGCGAUGACCGUCACCUAACCAACCGAGUGCUGAGCUUCGGCUAUAAGACAAAAUACACAGCACGAUCACAGUGUCAGACUGAAACGCCAACCCAAUACCUGCGUUGGCUCAACCAGCAGACUCGCUGGAGUAAGUCGUACUUCCGUGAGUGGCUCUAUAAUGCUUUGUGGUUCCACAAGCACAGCCUCUGGAUGACUUAUGAAUCUGUGGUUACUGGCUUCUUCCCAUUCUUCUUGGUAGCCACAGUCAUCCACCUCUUCUACCGUGGUAGGCUGUGGAACAUCUUGCUCUUCUUGCUGACCGUCCAGCUGGUUGGGAUGCUGAAGGCCACCUACGCCUGUUUCUUGCGCGGUAGCCUGGUCAUGAUCUUCAUGUCGCUUUAUUCUCUACUCUACAUGUCGAGCUUACUGCCUGCCAAAAUAUUUGCCUUACUCACAAUUAACAAAGCAGGGUGGGGAACUUCAGGCCGCAGGAAGAUUGUGGUAAACUUGAUCGGUGCCGUCCCUGUCACGGUGUGGACGCUGGUACUGCUAGGAGGUGUAGUGUAUACAAUUUACUGUGAAACACAGCAGCCAUUCAGUGACUCUGAAAAGGUGCUGUUGAUAGCAGGGACAGUACUGUAUGCCUGCUACUGGCUUAUUCUGCUGGUGCUUUACCUUUCAAUCGUAGCCAAACGCUGCAACAAGCAGGAGGAGCAGUAUCACCUCCCAUAUGCUGAGGCAUAAAGCUGCUUCAAGAAGGAUCGACAAGUCAA